AUGACAGACGCGCCAAGAUAUGUGGUCGAAAAAUACAUCGUCAGCAUUCGAGAUGACGAUCACGAUGCCCGCUUUACUGUCCGCCGAAACGGCAAGGCCUUUUACAUCAAGGUCUCACCGUCUCAGUUUGUGAACUCACCCAUGAUGAUAGACAAAUUCAUAUCGUUUGUUAAGGUACUUCGGUCAGGCAAAGAGGUACUUGAUAUCUACGACACUGAUGUCUAUGAAUGGGUCACGGCCCCGUUUGAGCUACUCUUCGCCGAGCUCGCCCCCAACCCGCCAGGAGAUCCAAAGGAUAUCAGAAUUACCCUACAUGACCAUCUCUUCUCUGAGUUCUUCGUUUUUACCUUGGAUGUUAUUGAUGAAAAACGGUGUCCUCGUCGAAUUGCGGCGGAAACGUCGCCCUAUCGUCCCUCAUAUGUUCGAUUCGACGAUAACUUUCUCGACGAGCUCGAGGCGUGGACUUUGUUUUAUGAUCCAGCUAGGAUUACCUUGAGUUUUAAAGAUCCCGAAGAUGCGCUCUUUAAGCCUUCUGAGAAAGUCUUAAUUGACAGCGGCCAGACUGAAUGCUUCUUUAAACCUUGCAACUCUGGCGUACAGAUUAUACGGGAGCUUGAGACCUAUCGCAAGAUUCAAGCCGCCGGUCUAGACUCUCAAUUCAACCUAUGUCACGUCCAUGGCGUUGUCAUGGAUGAUUGUGGCUUUAUUCUCGGUAUAUUACUAACCUACAUCGAUUGUGGCGGUUGUCCACUAUCAACAAGAAUCCAUCCCGAAGAACUCGAUGAUCCCAUACCUGCCAUCAGAAACCGUUGGCUAAAUCAGCUUGAUACCACCCUCACGGCGUUGCACAAAGCAGGUAUAGUCUGGGGAGAUGUCAAGGCAGAAAAUGUGUUAAUUGACCAAGACAACAACGCAUGGAUCACUGAUUUUGGCGGCGGCUAUACUGAUGGUUGGGUCGACAGGGAGAUGGCAGGAACUGUAGAGGGAGAUUUGGCGGGUAUGUCUAAGCUGAAGAAGUUUCUAUUCCCAUCUGAAAACUCCUCGGGGUCACAAAUUCACGAUAGAUACGGCGAUACGAUAUAG